AACGACGGUCUCGGAGGCACUAUCCGCAAACAAAGUCCAAACCAUUCGCCUCCGCACCGCCGGCUGCACACUCGCCGAGCAGCCGCUCACCGAUCGAGAGCAUGCAGCCGCCGUGCCUGGGCGCGUGCGGGGGCAGCCCCGCCGUCCUGGGCCCCGGCGCCCACCGCCACCGCCCCUCCACCUCUACUAGGGCUACCGUCCGGUGCGCUGCUCGUGGCGGGAAGGCGUCGUCGAGGGGGAAGGAGAACGUCUGGAGCGUAGACAACGAACGCGCCGCCGAGCAGAAGGCUCGGUCCCAGAAGAACCACCGCGGGCGCAGGCGCCCGGGCGGCCGCAGCAGGGCGCCCCCGCCGCCGGGGAGGAGGAAGGAGAAUGACGCGGGCACGAGAGUUCUGGUCUCCGGAGCCAUGCUGGUGGAGGUCGAGACCGUGCUCCAGACCCAGGAAUCUGUUUUAAGGCCUUCCUGGGAUACAUUUGCGAGUAGCUUAAGUGGCGUAUGGAAGGGUGUCGGAGCUGUGUUCUCGCCAAUCACAGCAGAGAUGGAACCUGUUGGACUAGGAAGCAAACAGGAGUAUCUUUAUGAUUGCUACACCCUUUCUCUCAUUGAGAAGUCGUAUGAUAGUGGUCAUGGAACUGAGAUCCGAAGGAAGACAAAUUGGGUGCAACUCAAUCCUCAUGGGGAAGCUGAGAAGCAGAGUGCCAGCGAUGAUGAAUGGAAUCAUGGUAGCUCAAGUGGGACUGUUGAUUUACCUGCACAUGAAUAUUUUGAUCUUAAAAGGAGCGAUGUACUUGAUGAAGAUGUUAUGAUUGAAGAACCGGGGAUUGUAUUUUUCGAGGAUGGAUCAUACUCUAGAGGUCCACUUGAUAUAGAAAUCGGCGAAUAUGAUGAAUCUAAAUACUUCCUUUCACCAACGUAUCAGUUUGAGCAAAGUCUGGUCAAAGGAUGCCACAAAAGACUGCGUAUUGUGCAUACCAUUGAAUUUAAUGAAGGAGGAGCGAAUAUACAAACUGUAAGGGUUGCUGUGUAUGAAGAAAAAUGGGCUAGCCCAGCAAAUAUCCAUGUUGAAGAUAAUACCCCUGUUGACGUCAGUCCUUUCUCUCAAAGAAAGCGGACGAAACCAUCAGAACUGACAGGCCCCUGGAAAGUAUAUGAAGUCAGUGCAACACCAAUUUUCAGUGAGAAAGUGAAAGAAAUAGAGGGUGGAGCUGCCUUUGUAUACCUGUGCAUGGAGACCAUGAAGAAGAGAAGCUUGCCAGAGAGCUCUGUUUUCUUUGGGGAGGAGGAGAUGCUCGAUAUGCAAGACGUGACUAUACUUUGGUUGCCUGGAGGCGUCACCGCCUAUGUUGACGUAGAUAAAGACGGUAUACUCUGCAUCGGAGUUAGUUGGUACUCGGAGGAAGGGAUUAAUCUGGUGAUGGAGCGAGACUAUGGAACUGACGGGAAGCUCAGGGAGGUUCGGAUGAAAACUGAAAUCAAGCGCAGGUGGAAUCAACCAGUCCCACCGUAGUUCAAAGAAUCCGUUACAUUUUCCCUUUAAGCUUUCUGUUUGUAUUGACAUCUGUUUCUUGAUAGUAACAGAGGUAGUAGUACUUAGGAGCAAUAAUGUCUAUGGAUGUGUGAGUUCAAAUAUAAAAUAGUGCUCCAGUUGAUGUACAUCAUAGAUCGGUUGUAAAACCUUUUGCCUCUGUUGAAUGCGCAGGCUUCGGUUUCAUCA